AUGUCAGCCUUUAACUACAUAAUCAAGUCUUGCCUACUCCUGCAAUUCACUGACAGACGCUUUUAUUCUGGUCGUGAAUUAACUAUUGGUGUGGAAUUUGGCACCAAGUUUAUCACUGUCGAUGAUAAGCAAGUCAAGUUACAGAUAUGGGAUACGGCUGGUCAAGAAAGUUUCAGGAGUAUUACCCAGAGCUACUAUCGAGGCGCGGCCGGUGCAUUGUUAGACGUACGAAAGCAUGCCAAUCCCCAUACAACAAUUAUGCUAAUCGGAAACAAGAGUGACCUGGAUAGCCGGAAGCGACAGGUUACCACAGAGGAAGCUCAGCGCUUCGCCGAAGAGAAUGACAUUCCGUUGUAUAUGGAGACCUCCGCCAAGUCGGCAGACAAUGUAGAGGAAGCAUUCAUCAAGACGGCCGAAAAGGUGUAUGAGAAGAUUCAAGCUGGCAUUUUUGCAGGCAAUGAGACUUCAGGGAUACGACUAGGACCAUCACAAAAUAGUGCACUUUCUGAAGAGUCGCAGGCAGGUUGCUGCUCAUCGUGA